CGAGCCGAAAAUGAAGAAUCUGACAGUGCGCCGUCUGCAAAAAUGAAUCCGCCAACGUUUCGAAGUUAUCAGCCAAUCGCCAACGAUUUGGGUGCAGCGAAAAGUGAUGUUGAUCUGUUUGUUGUCGAAAAAGAAAUCGGUGAGCAAUUAGCAGAUACGGAAGAUACGAGCGUUGUGGAACAGGUCGAUAUCAGUAGACUUGCACCCAGAAAGGUUGACUGGGACUUGAAACGUGAUGUGGCUGAACGAAUGGACAAACUCGAAAGGAGAACUCAGAGGGCGAUCGCCGAAUUGAUCCGGCAACGAUUGGUCGCUGGUGAAACUGAAUUAGUGAGUGCCGUUAAUUCGGGUGCUUAUUCAGCCAUACAGCAUGAUGAUUGA